AUGAAUACUAGAUUACGGUCAUAGACGAAGAAGAAACCCAAUCCUGCCCAAACUAAGAAGAAGAAAUAGAAGAAUGACCCCGAUGACUAAUUGUAUGAAAUUGAAUCCUUGCAUGGCCACAGGACCAAUCCUAAAUCUGGGUAAAUUGAGUACCUUACCAAAUGGUACCGCUAUUCUGCAAAGCAUAAUUCCUGGUUGCAAGCUGAAAACUUCGAAGGUCCUGAAGCACGGCGUAUCUUAAUGCAGUAUAUUGACAAUAGCAUGCCAAAGGAAUACGCCGAUGAAAUGUACUUAAGAGAAUGUGGGACUCGUUCUAAGAUAACCAAACAUCUGAGGAAACAGUACAAGACCCCCCCUGAUGCUAAUAUUCCCGUCCAUAUGGUUCCAGAUUAGGAGAGUUUGAAGAUAAAUGAAUAGGAGGAGGGCAAAGCAGAUAUGGAGCUGUCAGAAGGAACUAUAGAAGUACUCACUAAGCUGAUUGAGUAUGGGGAGGCGGCAGAGGAUUACAGUGAAUGGGAUAAAGAGAGAAUGAACUAGGAAUAUAGGGAUGAAGGAGAGCCGGACUGGAGUACAAUGGUAUGCGAGAGUUUUGAGGAGUUCGAGUCUGAGAGGUAUGAGGAGAUUGUCGAGUGA